UAUUCGUUCGUGCGAGUACUCACUGACAUGGAAAGAUUCUCAAUAUUACCUUCUGUGGCAGGAAUGCGGGUGGCGAUACCUGGGCUGGCUAUUCAGGUUGCGCAGCAGAAACCCACGACGACUCUUGUAACCACUUCGUUGCAGCUAACCCUGAUAAGCUCAAGGAAGUUUUCUAUCUUAUCAAUUCCGUGAGAGUUUACCAGAACGGCGCCGGCAGUGAUCUCCCGAAGAACAGCCUCGCAUCCGAGAUAGCUCAAACAGUCCUCAACUCUACAACCACUGCAAAGCAAGCUGUCAUUCCAGUUCCAACGACUACCAUCACCACUUCGAACAAUCUCAUGGCUUUGCCUACAACAAUGAUUCACAGUACUAACUGCGGCUCAUACGACCCGUCAACAUCUGCUACAACCCCAACCACUCUUGCCUCUUUCUACGGCAAGCGUCUUCCAGCGCCGGCUUCCGAGACAGACCCUGAAGUGGUUUUAAUAACAACUAUCGUCACGACAACGAAAAUCGUGACGCUGCCUGCGACUCGGACUGGUGGUGAUAAUUACAGCCCGUACGAGCCUUCCGCCUCGAGAACACUCACCUCUUCCUACACUGGACAUCUCUCCGCGAUGGCUUCAGAGGCAGCUCCCAUGACUAUCACAAUCACCACGGUCAUAACGAUAACGAAGGUCAUGACUUUGCCUGCGACUUUGACUGGCGGCAACAACUACGGUCCUUAUGACCCAUCGACGGCGGCUGUCAAGCCUACUGGCACAACCAUUGGCGGCAUAAACUACGUUCCCUUUGAUCCGUCGGUUACGUCUAUCAAGCUCGUAGGCACAACCACUGGUGGCAUCAAUUAUAGCCCUUACGAUCCAUUGGCAACAUCCGCGCAGCUUGGUGCAUCAACUGCCACUGGAGCUGUAUCGGCGAAGGCGGUCCAUGUCUGCGGAUGAUGUGGGAGCAUAUAUCGCGCACAAAUAGGGCUCUAUUUUCGUUCAUGUAUACCAAGGCGCCAUAGACAGAAACAUGAGAUGGAGAUCACAAUGUACGGAUAAAUGAGCAAAAGCGGCAGGACAGGCGCAGCGAUUUGAUAUCAAGAUACACCAUACAAAUGCAGAGAUACAUAGGUG